AUGGCCCUGGUUACUUCUAUGAUAUCUCCUUCUCACUACGGCACACAACACUCUGGAUACUAUCAGUCACCCCCCUCGCCCCCCAUGGAUGAGCCGAAGUGUUCACUGCCCUCCAUCUCUAACCUCUUGGGCCUCGCCGAUGCUGGCUCUAUGGCGAGCGAAAGUUCAUUCUCCAGCUCUCCUCGACCCUAUGCCAAGGCCGAGAGCAGGCCAGCCUCUCGACAUAGAGCGCUGCCACCCACACCGCCCAUGUCCACAGACGCUUCAUUUGACGCUCGGCGGUCUCCAUCAAACAGCGUCUCCUACGCUCCAUCCAGCACCUACUACGAGACCACGCCCCCUGCAGAGGCCCAUGACGCACAUCGUUAUCGAAUGGCCUCUCUGCCUGCUAUCUCAACAUCCGCCGCACAGCCUCCUUUGCCGCCGGCGAUGGCAUCUGCCCAUUCUCCUGCCAGUAACUACUAUCCUGCGCAGAACCUACCGCCGCCACCUCCCCCGACUUCUGGUCUCCAGUAUCAGCGUCCACUACCCCUGUCGUUCCCACCGCCACCUAGCCCUCUCAGUGUAACCCCCUCUGGCGGCUACGUGUGGCAACACCACCACUAUCUCAACCCAUCAAACGGCAUUCCAUUUCCACCCUCACAAGACCGAUAUAUCUGCCAAACUUGUAACAAAGCCUUCAGCCGGCCCAGCAGUUUGCGUAUCCACAGCCAUUCACACACUGGCGAGAAGCCAUUCAAGUGUCCCCACGCUGGAUGUGGCAAAGCUUUCAGCGUUCGGAGUAACAUGAAGCGACACGAGAGAGGCUGCCACGGCUUUGACGUAGGCAAAGGGCCCAUUAUGCUCUCUUGA